CCCUCCUCCUCCUCCUCCUCCCGAACCCCCCGCCGGGCUCCGGCUUUAAAUACGGGGCUGUAGCGGCGUUCCCCGGCAUCCCCCUCCCCGCCGCCGCCAUGGUCGAGGCUUUCUGCGCUACCUGGAAGCUGGUGGACAGCCACAACUUCGACGAGUACAUGAAGGCGCUGGGAGUGGGGUUUGCAACACGGCAGGUGGGGAAUGUAACUAAACCCACUGUGAUUAUCAGCAGCGAGGGGGACAAAGUAGUGAUCAGGACUCAAAGCACUUUCAAAAACACAGAAAUCAGCUUUAAACUUGGAGAGGAAUUUGAUGAAACUACCCCCGAUGAUAGAAACUGCAAAUCAGUUGUGACCUUGGACGGAGACAAGCUAGUGCACGUACAGAAGUGGGAUGGCAAAGAGACAAACUUUGUGAGAGAAAUAAAGGAUGGCAAAAUGGUAAUGACUCUCACCUUUGGUGAUGUGGUUGCUGUUCGCCACUAUGAGAAAGCGUAGAGUUUACCUGACCUCUGUCCAGAUGUUACUUCUGCUGGAUGGAUUAAUGUACCGUCCACAACUGAACGUAGCUAAAAUGCACAUUUCUGGCAUGAAAGGUUAAUAAAGAGUUUUGGGGGGGUGUUUUUUAAAAAAAAACACUAUGCCAUCAAACUGGCAAGCUUGUGCUGUAUAGUGAAACAGGUUAAGCUUGGCAUUAAAUUUCUGAAACACUUGCCUCUUUUUUUACAGUAAAUGGAACAUAUUUGAAUUGUUUUGGAAUGCAGAUCAAACAAAUUAAAAAGUUUUUUAAACCUG